AUGGCGGAUGUCUUCACGCAGGACAUUAACCGCGCCUUGCGUAUCUCCUCAGAGCUGGAUAGUGGUGUGGUCGACAUUAACUGCGUAGGUUAUAUUAAUAUUCAGGCACCGUUUGGAGGAACUAAGCAGCCUGGUAUCGGUCGGGAAAUGAGCCAUUAUGCUCUGCGCAGCUUCACUGAGCCGAAGUCUGUUCUUAUCAAUGUGGACUAUUAG